AGGGGGCGGGGCUCCCUUCCAACUCAGCAGGGGAGGAGGGCUGUUGGGCUGGGCUCCCCAGACUGAAACGCGGCUUUCACGUUGGUGGUAGUAACCCCACUGUUAGCAUUGCCGCCCCUUCCAACCCAUCUACCUUCCUCUCUAAUCAGCGGCUAGUCGGUGGUUUUUAAUAGUGCACUCGGUACUAGCGUGGGAAGAUGUCUAACGUCAACUGGAAGCCCUUUGUUUUCGGCGGGUUGGCUUCAGUGACGGCGGAAUGUGGAACAUUUCCAAUCGACCUAGCCAAGACGCGCCUUCAGGUACAAGGUCAGGUGGGCGAUAGCAAGUACCGAGAGAUCCGCUACCGAGGCAUGCUGCACGCUAUAAUGAGAAUCGGAAGAGAGGAGGGGCUCCGAGCUCUGUAUUCAGGGAUUGCUCCUGCCAUGCUACGGCAGGCCUCCUACGGGACCAUAAAAAUUGGCACAUACCAGAGCUUUAAGAGGCUACUGGUUGAAAGGCCAGAGGACGAGACGCUGUUGACUAAUGUGUUGUGUGGCAUUCUCUCCGGUGUCAUCUCCUCCUCCAUCGCCAACCCUACUGAUGUGCUUAAGAUCCGCAUGCAAGCUCAGGGAAAUGUGAUCCAGGGCAGUAUGAUGGGCAAUUUCAUUAAUAUCUACCAGGAGGAGGGGACCAGAGGACUGUGGAAGGGUGUCUCUCUAACAGCUCAGAGGGCAGCUAUCGUGGUCGGGGUGGAGCUUCCAGUCUACGACCUCACCAAGAAGCAUCUCAUCCUGUCGGGUUACAUGGGGGAUACCGUGUACACACACUUCUUGUCCAGCUUUGUGUGCGGCUUGGCGGGGGCUCUGGCAUCAAAUCCAGUGGACGUGGUCCGGACACGCAUGAUGAACCAGAGAGGAGGAGCGCUGUACCAGGGAACAUUAGACUGUCUGCUGCAGACGUGGCGCUCUGAAGGCUUCAUGGCCCUCUACAAGGGUUUCUUCCCCAACUGGCUGCGCCUAGGACCAUGGAACAUCAUCUUCUUCCUCACCUAUGAACAGCUGAAGCAGAUCAGCGUGUGAUCAGCAGAACAACAUGGCGGAGAUGAGUGUGAGCGCACGCUCCAAGAGGAGCUGAGAGGACCAAGAUUGGGAAAGCGAGCUUGAUGGAACCAGCAGGGGGAAAGGGGAACGCACAUGUAGACCUGCUUGAAGGGUCAGAAUGUGAAUUUGCCAGAUUCGUGUCUGGAGUGUCUCCUGAAGCCUAUGGUGAAUGUGGACACAGCACAUACACACACAGAUCCAUGUAUUUCGUACUUUUUCUCAUCUAAAUGCUACGUCAGGCUAAGCAACUUUACAUUUGCUAUACAAUUCCCUCAGAUUCACGUGGCCUGAUUUACUGACUGGGAACCAACAGUCCCAGGAACUUUGCUUAAAGGUGGCUCUAAAGUCACAGGGAAAACACGAGGCUUCUACACUUUUUAAGUGCUCUAUAACCGAGUGCCUUAGUUUGAGAUGCGGGGCUGUCUGAGCUCUACGCUGCAUAAGGACAGCAGCUGACAAUCACCAUAAUCACUCCCUUUAUGAAUAGAUUGAAAAGAUGUUUAGUGUGCACGAGGUGACAAACUUAAAUGUGAAUAUUGUAUUUGGGUUUUUUUGUUUUGUUUAUUAAUUUAUGUGUUUCUAAAUUUAAAGAGACGGGUGUGUGAAAAGGUAAAAUUAUUUCAAAGAGUUUUUUCCCUGAGGUGUUUAGCAAAGAGCCGGGAAUAAUCCUGGCGUGCUGUAAUAAAUGAGUUUCAUAAACAGCUCCUUGUCCAUAUGUGGUGAUUAGUGGUCUCUCAUGCCAGCAAGUGGAGACGGUGAGCGUGACCUCAGGCAGCUGAGGGUUGACUGUGCUCCCCGUUAUGUUAUCAUUUGGUCUGCUGGAGGAAAAAAAAGUUACAUAAACCUACGUAUUAUAUCAGCUUCAGGUUCAGCCCGCUGAGCCGGCUGCCGUGCCGUUGUUUAUGCUUUAAGGCGCCCAAACUGCUGCACGCGAGCCGCAAUUAACGCCAAAUGUAUUUCUAUAUACUGCAUUUGCUGUAAAUGUGAGCUUUUAUUGUGAGGAAUGAAUAUGCCGCUGGCUGUUAUGUGUGCAUGCGUGUGUGUGUGAGCUAUUGCUGCUGCCAAAGUAUAAGCCAGUGUAACUUUUGUUAUACCUUGUUGAUGUAAAUGCUCCAUGUAUAUUUGAAAUGAUUAAAAAUAAAGGACAUGGAUUUUUCACA